AGUUCUUAUAUCAGCAUUUUAUUUCGUUUUUUUGUUUAAUUAGAUAGUAAACCAAACAUAUUUGGGUUACCGAAAAAAAGUCAAUUAGAGACAAUAUCUUUGCAGGAUAUUGUGACGUUAAUUUUACAGACAGUAAUUUCAUUGAGAAAAUAAUCUUAAAAUGAAUCUGUAGUUUGUAAAAUAACAGCCAUUAGACACUUUACACUACCCCUCCCAUUCUUUAAAUUAAAUAACAGGACUCUCGUUCGGAAGCUCUAUUUUGUGAAAUCUGUACGUUCUUCCUGAUUCCUGUUAUUCUUGCUAUCAAGUAGCCUGAUCACCAUCAUCAUCUCAAGAGCAGCCAUGCACACGCCCGCCCUUCUCCCAGAGUGGUGUCGCUGAGCUGUGAAGGAAAACGCUGAAAGAAGCAGCGGCAGUCGUCAUCGCCCACAUGGACCGAGCUCCCCGGCCCGCACCGCUGUUGGAGGUGGACGUGGACCUGGGCUUCGCUCUCUUCUUCCUCUUCCUCCUGUGUUUCUUUCUGCUGGUGACGGUGGUACGCUGUGCUCAGACUGUAGCAGAUCCUUACGGCUCCUUCUCCACCUCGACCUACCAGGAGGAGCAGAUCACCUGAGAGAGAAGAGUGGAGGGGUAUCCGUCAGUAACUCUGCAGG